GAAAACUUUUGGACUUCUACGACCUGGACAAGAAGAAGCUUGGAGAAGGGUCUUACGGUUACGUUUGCAAGGGCAAGAACAAGGCAACCAACGCCAUCCGAGCCGUGAAAACCAUCGCCAAGGGGAAGAUGAAGAACAUCGAGCGCUUUAAGCAGGAGAUCGCCAUCAUGAAGAUGAUGGACCGCCUACGACCCUGGCGAAUGGUGCGUGGCAUGUGUAGGGAGAGCUGCGAGCAGUUCCAACAGAGGGAAAGGUUUUGGUAA